CUUGCUGAUUUAACCGAGGAAAACAACGUGUUGGUUGAGGAUAAUAAACAGGAACGUGAAUUUUCAACGUUAACAAAGGCAAAGUAUGAUGAACUCAAAGUGAAAUUCGAACAAAGCUCAUCGGCAUUGAUUGAAAAAGGUAAGGAUUGUGUGACGACUCAGCGAAGAAAUCGAGGAAAUCAAAGCAGAUCUAUCAACGAAAUGUGGAAAUAUCACAAGUAUGUUGUGUGUGUUUGGAAGUGA